AUGACUACCUCGUACCUGACGUUAGCUUACAGUGUCCUAGAGAGAGCUUGUUGUCGUGAAGGCUGCUGUCCAGAAGGCUGGACCUGCGGCGCCAAUGGAAUGUGUGGACCUCCGCUUCCAUCUAUUUCUGACCCAACCACCAUCAUCACUCUCCGUAAGCCUGAAUUGUCGUCUCCAACAGUUGAUGACAAUAUCUCGGGCAAACCCUCCACGAACCCUCAAUCCCUUCCCGUUACAACCACUCCAGAACAAUGGCUACCAGAACGCACAAAGGUGUCCUCCAUAUCAUCACAUGUGUUUAUCACAGCAGGGCCCCCAGUCUUGACAUUACCAAGUAACCGCGUCACUACUGCCUCCACCUCUGACGACGUUACUGGUUAUGUUACAACGAUUAUAAAUAGCCAGCUGACGACUGGCAAGCCCGAGAAGUCAUCUGAUGCCAGCCAUGAUAGCCCAGAUGGAGAUGCCACCAUAUCUAACACGCACAUUGUUUCCGUUUCAUCUGAACCCGCCUCUGUCACCACUUUACCUGGUGGCCUGGUGACUACCAUUCCUUCUACCAAUCCUUCCUCACCAGGAACAGACCUCUCCGAGACUGCCCACAAGCCUAUCACUGACUCUCUUGGGGGCGAUGACAGGAGUAUCACUACAAUAGUCCCCCCCAGUACUAACGACGGUGGUCCCGCGGCUUCAACUUUAGACGAAACUCUGCCCGUAAAUGAAACUCCCACAUCCAUCUCAGUUCCUACUGGCACUUUCUCGACAGUACUCACCAGAACAGUCACUCCCAUCACGGCACCUUUCGCAACCGGUACACUAGAUUCCUUGCUUUCAUCUCAAGGUGCAACUGAUGGUGAACAUCAAAGCCAGGACCCCAGUUCUACUACAUCUGUUCCACCGACAUCAGCCGACCACUUCCCAGACACUGAGCAGUCAAGUCAUGCAGAGACGACCAAUCCAAGCGAUCGUAUUCCUACUUCUCCCGCCACCAAGGAACGAUCUAAUACAGCUCCUGCGUCGACUGUCAGAGCCAUAACCACAUUACCUGAUGGUCGGGUUACGACCCUCCCCAAUCAUAGUAAGAGUGACACCACAAAGGCUCCAAAGUCCACUGAGACAGCCGGAGUCGUCCCGGUUAUUAUCCCAAUCACAACACCAGUACCCGAUCCAGAGAGAAGCGAUGAUGGUAUCAAGAUUCCCUGCGACAUGUGGUUCUUCGAUCUAUGCCUCGCUCCCAUUGGUGGAUGGAGCUUCGUGCUUCCUCCCGGAACUCAUUCACCUGGUCCCCCUCCGAUUAUCAAGAUCGAUCCCACCGCACCUAUCAAGGUGGAUAUCACGGGGUCUAUCCCUUGGCCUGGAUUUACGAUCGAUCCCGCCGGCAACCCAACAUUCUCCAGCAAGCCCGACGACUGCAAGACUGAGACAGCUGCGAUGUGCAUCACCACUACUUCUUAUGGGGUUUCAGUUGAUGGGACUGUUACAUCUACGACAGCACAGAACACUAUUUCCACUUGCGGCACCAUUUACGGCUGUGACGUAAAGGGAGAGGAUUCCUCAAGAACCAUCUCUAAAACAACUACAGUUAGCACGGAGGCCCCUACAAUAACAGCCAUCAGACUCACAUGGGAGGAAUGGGACAUCGAUGAGUAUACAGAAGCACAGCUCAACGACAUCGCAGAUGCAGCACAAGCUCGACUCGAUAAGAAGUUUGGCAGAUUUACGUCUUCAACGUCCGAAGUCACGACAACCGAAGCUAGUUCCGAGUCCUUCCCCACGCUGACCCGAGCUCCUCCUAUUGGUGUUCCAACAUCGUCUGGCCUCUCUUGUGUUUCAACGGCCACUCAUACAGAAUGUGCGGGCUCAGGUAACCGAGAAGCGUGUGUCGAGAAGCCCAGUUGUGCAUCUUGGGUCAACACGGCAGCUGUUACCAUGACGACACCAGAAAUAACGCCAUUCUGCGAUGCGGGCUACGAAACGUACUCGGCGACAGCUCAUGCAGCCAUACCAACUCAGGGCGGUCCCUUGAAGUUCUUUAUUCCCGUCUCGGAUGAUAAAGGGUCAGAUUGGGACUUUGUAAUUGCCGAUGAUAAUGUCAAAGAGGCCGUGAAGAGUUGGAAGGUUGGAAAUGAUGAUGACGAUAGCAUUGAGAGUGGAGGUGGUGGGAAAGACCUUGAGAUCAAGUGGAAAGUUCCCGAUGAUUCCAGUGGCACUUAUGUUGAGCUACUGUUCAAAACGUCAGAUAUCAAUAUGAAACGGUUCGCCUUUACGGCAAAAGGCGGUGUGGUUGCUUGUAUGCCCAACUGCAAAGACGAUGCAACCACAACAACAGACGCAGAUGGCAUGGUUUGCACCCACUACCCCUGCCACUCUCCCAACUGUGAGCAAGGUCCCGCGCCUGAGCCGCAAGCUGCAUGCGAGCUAGUUGAGGACGGACUUGCCGUUCCUCUCUUCUACACGGUGACCAUUGUCGCAAACGGCUACAGUUGGAUAGAUGACGAUGGGAAAAAGCUGAAGAGUGAAGAAAAGGGUUGUGGAGCAAUGACGGAUUGGCAUUCCAGUGCGAUUGAAGUUGAGACAGGUGACGGUUGGACUGCGCGGCAUAGGUUUACUUUUACCUUACCGAUAACCAUCAAAGCGGGAUGUGUAGAGAGGGCCAUUGCAAGUGCCGGGGGACCCUCGGGUAUUCAGUGCGAUAACAAGGAGGGUGAUUUAUGGUGA